CCCCGCCACCCGGGGGCGCUCCCGUUGCUAAGGGCAACCUCCCUCCCGGGGCCGGGAAAGCUGGGCCGGCCUGCACAGCCAGGCUGCCCGCGUCGCCUUGGAGACGGGGCGUCCUGCCGCGGUUACCGCCUGAAGCGGUGCUCUCAGGUGGGGCCGACGCACAAGGGCUGCACCGGCUGCCUUGGAGCGGCGGGGGCCGGGCUGGAAAGCCGUGCGGAAAACCUUGAGGCCUCCGGAGCCGAGACCCCCUCCAGGACCUGCCUUUGAGGCGGGCGUCGGUUUCCCAGCCUCGGAGUAGGAACUGAGGCCAAAACCCAGACGCGUUUCCCAGGCGACAGCCUCCCGGCAGCGGCGACAAGAUGUCGUCGGUGGGGAAGGUGACGCAGGUGCAGACUGGGAACGUCUACCAGCAGAUCUUCCAGGCCCAGGUGCAGCUGGUCCAAUCCCUGGCGGCCACAAGGAAGCGGGCAGCAGAGCGUUCGGUGACCCCAAAGAAUUUUACCGGGACACGCUGCCUGAAGAAGGCGGACGUGCCCGAAGGUCAGUUACCUCCCAGGCAGCAGAAGUGGAAGCCCAGCCUGCCCUGUGGCUGGGUCACGGAAAACCCCAUUCUCUCCAGGAAAAAGGACACAGGCAAGAAGGAAAGAGUCCCAGAGAGCGAGAGUACAGUCGCGGCCCGCGAAGUACGGGGCCUCCUGGACAGCAUGGUUCAGGAGAAGGCCAGCACCACCGUCCCACAGGUGCGAGAGGACCCCAAGCAGAAGAGAUACGAGAGCUGCCUGGCCAGCUUUCAUGAGGAGAUCGCGCAGAUCGGAAUGGAAAUGGAACCUCUCAUCUUGGAGACAGGAGGAUGCUUUCUGAAAAAACUCUCCGAAUCUGAUGAAGACAUCGACCGUCUCUUCACAAAGGUGGAAAAUGACAUCGACUUCGAGAACUACUCCUUCCAAAAGCUGUGGGAGCUGUGGGAGAAGGUAGCUGCAAUGUUCCUGGUCCAGAAGCAAGGGAUCAAGGAGCUGGACGAGGCCUUGCACUUGCUGGAGUUCUCCAGGGCAGACAAACUGAAAAGCGUGCUGACGAAGUACGUGGAGAUCAUAGAGAAGACAUCCUACCUCAUGAAGUCGGACGUGCAAAGGCUGAUAGACCAAGAGGCCAUGGUGAGUGGUGUGGGGGGACGGGGCAGACCCCCAGGACACCCCCUGUGUGUCUCAGGAAUGGUGGGCCUCCCCUCUGCAGCAUUUCCAAGGAAAUCAGGUGGGAGUCAGUCUUUGCUGUCGUCAGCAUUUUCAGUGGAGCCUUCUACCGUACAUUGCACACUUUCCUGCCAGUCGGAGCUGGACUGCCGCCACCGCUGGCAGGGCCUGGUGGACGCCUGGAAAGGUCUGAAGAAGGAGGCCAUGCUGCAGGAAUUCAG